GGAGAAGCACAAGUUGCUGCGCGUCUAAACAUCUUUAAUCAUUUCAUUAAAAUGUUAAUAGGUUUUGCAGUUCCUGAUAGAUGUGAUGGAAUUAAAAAAUAAAAGCACGCUAUUGUGUUUGUCUCUGAAGAUUUAAACCCCAUCCCAUUUAAGAGCUGUUAUAAUGAGUUCAGCACGAGACAGAUGGAGCUCCUCCAGGAAGUCUCAGGCUCCUGAUCCUGUUCCCUCACAGUUGUGUGAGGAUGUAAAAGCAGAGACUUCAGACAGAGAAACAUAUGAAGUGUUAGAAGUCUGUGUGAAGAAAGAGGAGACGCUGGAGCGGAAGAUCGACGAUGAUGGAGAUGACUUCGUCAACACACCUGAAGAUAUCUCCAUUAAAGAGGAAGAUCUUGACACUAAAGACUACCUCUAUUGUGAGAUCUGCAAAUCCAUCUUCUUUAAUAAAUGUGAGGUUCAUGGACCGCCUAUUUUUAUCCCUGAUACUCCCGCUCCCAUGGGUGGCACAGAUCGAGCCAGACAAACUCUUCCCCCUGGACUGGAGAUUCAGAAGUCCGGUAUUCCUAAUGCAGGCCUGGGAGUGUUCAAUAAGGGGGAGACUGUUCCAGUAGGUGUACACUUCGGACCCUACCAGGGAGAGCUGGUAGACAGAGAGAAAGCCAUGAACAGUGGAUACUCCUGGGUGAUAUGCAGGGGCAGCCAGUGGGAAGAAUACAUAGAUGCUACAAAAGAAAAGCAAGCAAAUUGGAUGAGGUUUGUGAAUUGUGCUCGUAAUGAUGAAGAACAGAAUCUUGUGGCAUUUCAAUAUCAAGGAAGAAUUCUGUAUCGUUGUUGUCGACCCGUCAACCCAGGACAGGAGCUCUUGGUGUGGUAUGAAGAGAAGUACGCAAAAGAACUCAGUCCUGCAUUUGACCAGCUCUGGAACAGAAAAUGCUCCACGAAUGAUAUAAACAAUGCUGCGUUGCAAGUCUUUCGCUGUGCCAUUUGUCCUCUUUCCUAUGCGUCUCAAAUUUACCUAGACAAACACAUUGAGAGAUGCCACUUUCAAAUCCUUUCUAAAGACUCCAAUAGUCAGCCAUCCUCAUCUCAUACUCUCAGUUCUGACGCUUCUCACAAUGAUGUACAGAAGGAAAGUCACCACUGCAUAUCCUGUGGAAAGAAUUUUGGUCAUCAAGAUGCCCUCAAAACACACCAGUGCAAUCAAGCAGGAGAAAAAUCGCAUCACUGCUCGCAAUGUGGAAAGAGUUUUAACCAAAAAAGAAAUCUCUACAAACACCAGAUCAUUCACACAGAAGAGAAACCGUAUCACUGCUCACAGUGUAGAAAGAGUUUUACUUAUCCAGCUGCCUUCCGAAAGCACCAGUGCUUACAGAAACCGGAGAGGACACAUAACUGUUCACUGUGUGUUAAGAGUUUUUUUCAUCUGAGCGCCCUCCUAGAUCACCAGCGCAUUCACACAGAAGGGCGGUCAUACCGUUGCUCAGAUUGUGGAAAGAGUUUUAGUGGACAGAGCGCUCUACGACAACACCAGUGCCUUCAUACAGGAGAGAAGCCGUAUCACUGCUCACAUUGUAGGAAGAGUUUCACUCAGAGGUUUACUCUCCAACAGCACCAGCACAUUCACACGGGUGAGAAGCCAUAUCAGUGCCCACAGUGUGCAAAGAGUUUCACUUAUCAGACUGCUCUCAAACGACACCAGCGCAUUCACACAGGGGAGAAGCCGUAUCACUGCUUGUGGUGCGAAAGGAGUUUUAUUCAACGACGUAAUCUCAUACAACAUCAGCACAUUCACACAGGAGAGAAGCCAUAUCACUGCUUACAGUGUGGAAAGAGUUAUAUUAGCCAGAGGAAUCUUCAACGACACCAGUACAUUCACACAGGAGAGAAGCCAUAUCAGUGCUCACAGUGCGGAACGAGUUUUGCUUAUCAUACUGCUCUGAAACGACACCAGUGCAUUCACACAGGAGAGAAGCCACAUCACUUUAUACAAUGUUAGAAGAAAUUAAAUUUACUCAACUGAGUAAUCUCCAAUGAUUCCAUGGAUCUUAAAUAUAACUGAAAAAGUAAAGAAGUACAUUAAUCAGAUGUUGCAUGAUGUAAAGUUGUCAGAUUCAAUAUGUUUAUUAUUACUGUUUUGGCUGAAAAAGAUGUAUAUAUUUAAUUGUAUUUUUUUUUUCUUGAGUCACAUGUAAAUCAGUAAUGAUGUUUCCAACAUUUAAUCAAACUCUGCCAACAUUUAAAUUAAUCAAGCAUUUAGUUCCUCUAACCACUCAAUUGUUUCUUAUCUUAAAUAUUGAAACAAUAUUGGACAUGAAAGUUCAUUGCAGUAACCAAAGGAUUUAAAUGCAUUCAUGUCAUAAAAGGGGGGCAUCCAGUGAGGUAUGUCUUGUAUCUAUAGUGAACAUAUCUGUAAAGACAGAUUAAUUAUAUUCCAUGAUCAAGAAUUCUCUACGCCAAAGGCACUUUAUAGGUAAAUGCACACAAUAUUUAUUAAACUCCAGUUUAACAGUCAGGAUCCUUACUUGGGAUCAAAGAUAACUUAAAUCUGAUGAUUUACAUUUGCUGCUGAUGGUACAUUUUAGCUGUAAAUCUGUUAUUUGAGGACAUUUUUCAUGUCUUCAAACCAUUGCUUCCUUAACACGUUAAGAAAGACUAAUGUUAUGGUAAUGAACAUGGAAGUAUGCAUCCAGAACUGGAAGUUGCCUUCUUUUUUCAGAACAAACAACUGAGGCCACACGGCAUAGCAAAUGGCAUUGAUGGUAAAAUGUGAUUGAAGUCGUGACUUUCAGCUUUAAUUUGUGGGGUUGGACAAAUUUCUGGCACUAGACAUUCACCCAUUACUCAAACAUGCACACACUUCCCAUUUGGGGGAUAAUAAAUAGUGGAACAAACUCUUAUAGUUACAAACGUAAGGAUUUCCAUUAAUACUUGGGUCCUUUGUUUUUAUUGUAUGCAAUUUGACUUCCUUAAGUCUUA